CUUGUCCUCUUUCCACCAUCUCCGAAGACCCUGGAACAUAUUCUUGCGCAUGAAUUAUUCCUUCGAGCCCGCCGUUAACCAUGCUACCUCAUCAGCGGUCCCCGCAUUAGAUUAUCAUCCGGACCGACCCUCGCUGGUGUCAGGAAUUGCCUCUUCGACAACGCUCGACGCGUCUCCAGUGGAUUUAUGUGUUCUCCAGCUCAAGGCUUUCCUCGAGGCUGCUGAAGACAUCGACAUUGAGUCCGAUACCUUGAUGGAAUUACUCCAACUUCUACAAGAACGUCUCGAAGGACAAGACGAAUCAAGUGCCGGGGCCCAUAUACAGGGUGCGAAUGACCUGUCAACGCUAGAUAUCGAUGCUCUCUAUGAACUCGAUAUUUCUGCCCUCUAUUCUAUGGAUGAAGGUCGUCAGAUUUGGAGUCAAAAAGAGAGACGAGAAUUCCUCGUUCUUUUGAAGGAACGCGGAAUGGCUAUUUUCAUUGACAGGCUUGUCAAUACGCAGUGCAUACCUAUUCCGAAGCUUCUACUUGCUUUUGGAAUCGAUCUUGUCCCGGAACUAAGAAAUGUCAGUCAGAGAACACUCUUGUACUUCCUCCGUGUGGCAAUGUCACGAGAGCUCCGUAAUCGGGAUAAGCUGCCGGAGUAUAACACCAUCAAAGAUGCUGUUAAUCUUAUACGCAACAGCAAGAGAAUACUCAUCUUGACCGGAGCAGGAAUAAGUGUUUCGUGUGGCAUCCCAGAUUUCCGAUCGCGGAAUGGGUUGUACGCGUCCCUGGGAGAAUACAAGCUUGACGAUCCGCAACAGAUGUUCGAUAUCAAAUACUUUCGAGAGUUUCCGAAUGGUUCAUCUGUCGUUCUCGUUUAUGAAGACAUCUUAACACGCACGUUUCAUAGUCAGAUAUACCCAGCCAAUUUCAUGCCCUCGCCAUGUCAUCGCUUCAUCAAGCUCAUAGAAGACAAAGGCAAAAACUAUACCCAAAACAUUGACACCCUAGAAACAAAAGCAGGCGUGCAAAACGUCCUGCAAUGUCAUGGCUCUUUCGCCACGGCUAGCUGCCUUGAAUGUCGAAGGAAGGUACCCGGAACAGCAAUUGAGGCCGAGAUUAUGAAGAAAAAAGUUCCUCUGUGCCCAGAGUGCAACCCUUCAACAUCGCUUCCCAAGAAGAAGAAGAGGACCAGCAAGAAGAAGGCCAAGGGGCAGUGGGACAGCGAUGUUUCGGAUGAGAGUGAUGGUCCAGAAUAUCCCCCGGGCAUUAUGAAGCCUGACAUCACAUUCUUUGGGGAGAAGUUGUCUGACCAGUUCGACCGCGCAGUCGACGCCGAUCGGACACAACUAGAUUUAUUGCUCGUCAUUGGAACCUCUUUGAAAGUGUCACCAGUUGCCGAUCUAUUAUGUAUCCUCAUCAACAAGACUCCUAUCAAACAUAUAAAUCCAGAUAUUGUGCUUCUGGGUAACGCCGAUACGAUCAUCAAUCACCUAUGUUCCGAGCUGGAUUGGGAGCUUCCUCCGUUGCCGGUAACACUGACGCCGCGAAACAUGAAGAAGCGACCGUCAAUGGGACCGCCAGAUAUAGAAGAGCCUGAGAGAGUCGGCGACAGCCAUGUGUGGUUAUUUGAAGGCGCUGAGGGAGGAAAGUGGCUUCGUGAUCUUGAGCUAGAGAUAGAUCAUGCAGAGGGACGAGGUGUGCUCGAGGCGAGAAAUGCGAAGAAGAUGAAGAUAUGAUAUGUAUUCAUUUAGAGGUAGACGAUCUCGGACGAUAUUGUGCGCUGUAUGGUGUAUAGGAUGUAGUCUUUUUAUGUUUUUAUCCAUACCACGAGGCACAGGGUGCGGAAGCUAAUCCCGACAGCCAAUGUGAGGGCCAAGAUUAUUCACAAAAA